AUGUCGUGGAAGGCAUCCGAGCGGCUGAUGGACACCAUCCGCCACUACUCCAAAUUCCCAGCCACGGGCGUGAGCUUGCGGCAGAUGGUUCAAUUUGGCGAGAGGCCAUCGAUAGGAACCCUCUUCCGCGCCUCCCAAUUUCUUGCCGAAGAGCUCCCAAUUCGCCUUGCGCACCGAGUCCAGGAGCUGAAGAGCUUGCCGGAUGGCCUUAACGAGAUGCCGUCAGUUCGGAGAGUCCAAGAUUGGUAUGCGCAGUCGUUUGAGGAGAUCAUCAAUCUAGGCCGGCCUGAACUGUCAAAGGAGGUGCGAGACCGACUUCUGAACCCGGGGAAAUUCUACAACGGCAAGGGAUCGAUACUCUCCGAAGCCACCCCAAACCCAAGUAUUCGCGAGGGUCAAUAUGCCUCAUUGCCGUCGACACAGUCCGCCGUAGGCAACAACAAGAAGCUUCAUGCAACAAGGAGAUACUUCGCAAUGGUGGACGAUACAGGCGACUGGCCACCAGACUUGCAGGCAUACAAUUCGAAAUUUGCGCAGACGCUGAAUAAGAUAAAGAGGAGGCAUGAUGGCGUUGUUACAACUAUGGCUCAAGGCAUCCUCGAAUACAAACGGAAGAGGCAGCGAUUGCAGAUCGACAAUAACAUCCAGAACUUCUUGGACCGCUUCUACAUGUCUCGAAUUGGCAUCCGAAUGCUCAUAGGGCAGCACAUCGCCCUGACUGACCAGAGUCAUCACCACGACCCUACCUAUGUGGGCAUUAUCUGCACAAAAACGAACGUGCGGGAUCUAGCCCAAGAGGCCAUCGAGAAUGCCCGUUUCGUCUGCGAGGAUCACUACGGACUCUUUGAGGCGCCAAAGAUCCAGCUGGUUUGCAACCCUGACCUUAACUUCAUGUAUGUACCUGGCCACUUGUCACACAUGCUCUUUGAGACCUUGAAAAACUCGUUGAGAGCUGUUGUCGAGGCCCAUGGCCAGGACAAGCAGGAGUUCCCGGUAACCAAAGUCAUCGUUGCAGAAGGCAGAGAAGAUAUCACAAUCAAAGUUAGCGACGAAGGCGGUGGAAUUCCUCGCAGCGCCAUUCCGCUUGUAUGGACCUACAUGUACACCACAGUGGAUCGGACCCCAAACCUGGACCCUGAUUUUGAUAAGAGCGAUUUCAAGGCUCCCAUGGCUGGUUUCGGCUACGGGUUACCGAUUUCACGGCUCUAUGCUCGUUACUUCGGCGGUGACUUGAAGUUAAUCAGCAUGGAGGGGUAUGGAACAGAUGUCUACCUCCACCUCAACCGAUUGUCCAGUUCAUCGGAGCCUCUGCAAUAGCAAUCAGCAGUCAUGAGGGAGUGGGCCUCAUCCCAAGGAUUGACGUUACCGACAAGAACGACGAAGAAGCGGCUCAAUAACCUGGAAAUAUCGGAGAGGAGGCAGGUCGGUGAUGCCGAGUCACUGAUUAGCCAGGAGAGCAGCCGCUUUCUCACUCACGAUGAUUCCGAAGCCGAGCUGUAGCCAAAGAAGAGACGUCACGUUGGGGAUUUAAGUCUCCGUCACUCUUGUUUUCUUGCGGGGAGGGAGAUGAAGAAACGAGCAACCUGGCCCAUAAUAAUAGUAGGGAAGGGGAGGUGAUAACCACUUAAAGGGGACCCCUCAGCGCCAGCAUUUUUUUCGGA